UGCUGCUGUUCUGGAAUGGGCGGGUAUAUAAACAUGGAUGAGAAACAGGUAGGUAUAAUAAUUCUCCGAGUUUUCAAAGAGACACAGAACCGAACUCUUUUGCAAUGCCCCUCAGCACAUGCGAAUACCAGCUGCUGUUUCUGCUCUGCUUUCUGAUAAAAAGCUGUCAUGCUUUCAAAAAUGAUGCCACUGAAGAGUUCAAUGGGCACAUGGUCGCAUCAUCUCACCAGCCUCCAAAUAAUGCCUCCUUAAAUCGAGCGCGCAACGGAGGAAGACGAACGGAGAGCCGAGACCAAACCGAACAGCACCAGGUUGGUUGCAGGGAGCUGAGAUCAACUAAAUAUAUAUCUGACGGCCAGUGCACCAGCCUGAAUCCCGUCAAGGAGUUAGUGUGUGCUGGAGAAUGUCUACCCACCCACCUGUUGCCCAACUGGAUCGGUGGAGGUCACUACUGGAGCAGACGGGACGCCCAAGAGUGGCGCUGCGUCACCGAGCGCACACGCAUCCAGCGCAUUAAACUCCAGUGCCAGGACGGCAGCACGCGCACCUACAAGAUCACCGCCGUCACAUCCUGCACCUGCAAGAGAUACACGCGCCAAAACAACGAGUCCUCUCAUGCCCCUCAGAGUCCCUCACGGGAUCAUCCACUGCAGAGCCCCAAGAAGAAAAAGAGCAAAAAUAAAAACUCAAAGCCUAAUUCUAAAAAUGAAUAAAUACAUGAGCCUCUGGUUUGUUGAGGAUGAGCCAUUCUGCUGCAGAUUUGACCAACUCAGAUUUGACCUGCCCAUGGAAGGAAAGUGACUUUGAAAUGCAAUGACUCUUGACUUGGACUGCAUCAAGAUGACAGCUGUUUUUCUUUAUAUUUUCAGAUCUGGAUUCUUUUAGGACUGUGUAUAUGUGAGAGUAUUUGCACUUUCUGAGUGUAAUGUUUUAUAUAUAUAUAUAUAUAUAUAUAUAUAUAUAUAUAUAUAUAUAUAUAUAUAUAUAUAUAUAUAUAUAUAUAUAUAUAUAUAUAUAUAACCUAAUUACAUAAAGCAAUUAUGCAUACUAUUUCAAAUGACAGACAAAAUAAAAAUAAUGUCAUAAUUUACUUGCCCUCAGUUUGAUCCAAACCUGAGGAAGAAUGUUGGUAACCAAACAGCUGCCGGUAGUCAUUGACUUCCAUAGUAUGAGAGAAAAAAUAACUACUACUUGCUACUGGCAACUGUUUGGUUACCAACAUUCUUCACAAUAUCUUAUUUUGUGUUCAACAGAAGAAAACAUUUAUAACAACUUAAGGGUGAGUAAAUAAUAACACAAUUUUCAUUUUGGGUGAAUUAUUCCUUUAAAAAUGGACUCAUUACUACAGUUAUGUAAAUAUUUGCAUUUCAUAUAUAGUAGUUUUUAAUAGAAUUACAUCCAUAUAUUUUUAUAGAAUUUUAUGAAAAAUUCAAGUUGACAUUCACAGUUGAAUACCCGUUAAUACAAUAAAUUAAGUAGUUUAAUUAUGCUGGUUUGUAUCAUUUUGUUCCGCUGACUCGCUAAAGGCAAGGUUGUAGAAUUACAUGGACUGACAGAAACUAUGUAACAAAUGAGGAAUAAGUUGAAGAAGCGAGUUCUUUCUCACUGUGUUCGUAACUCUACGCUGCACUGUUGUGAAUGGCUGCCCUCACCUGCAGGCACAGCAGCUACUUUUUGGCUGCAACAUGUUAAAGCUGCUUCAUUGUAUCCCGUAUCUUUUCACUCUGCCAUUCUGAAAGUCGUGUUGCUGUGCCUGAGGUUAUAUUCCCAAGUUAUGAAUCAGAUUCCUUGUGUUGUGAAUCCAGGAAUCCCAAGGAAGGUGACACUGCAAGUCACUGGGACAUGAGAUACUUUGUGGAUCCUGUAGAAACUGCACUAAAAGAAACUUUGGGUACACUGUAACAAAUUUCUCUAGUUUUCACAGCAUUAUUGCUGUAAAAUGAACAGAUCCAUACUGUAGAAUGUUUACAGUAUUUUGCUGUACAUUUGCAAAGCAUGAUGGGUAAAAUUACAAUAGCGGGACAUUUUACAGUAAAAGUAUUUUCCUGUGAAUCAUAGUCAUUUUGAGUGGGAUUUUUUUCUAAAAUGGAUUACUUAACCUCAGAAAGGUAAAGUUUUUCAUUAUUUUUAUCAUAUAUUGUUACAUUUGCAGUUUCCACUGGUAAAGUUAAUGUCUUUCACUUUCAGAGUGAAUGCACGCGUGAGAGAGAAGUAGGAAAUAAAUUUGUUUAUAUCUUCAUUCCUGGCAACAUUUUAUUGAUGACAUCAUUAGUUUGGUAAAGUACACUGCUGGAUAAAAAUUAUUCUGGAA